AUGUCCAUCUCCGACAAACCCCUGCGCAUCGACGUCUUCCCCUCCGCUCCUAUAGCAGACGUAUCGCCGUUGAUCUUCUCCGGAUUCAUCGAGCAUUUAGGGCGGUGUAUCUAUGGCGGGAUUCUCCCUUCAACUCGGACGACAUUUCCCUAUACCCCGCGGAACCCAUGCCCGCAGGACCAGUUCGUCGAAACACCAAAAGAGCUGUUGACCGCGGAGGGUUUCCGGAAAGAUGUACUUGAGGUGAUCCGGGACGAGCUGAAGGUCCCGAUGAUGCGCUGGCCGGGAGGCAACUACGUCAGUUCGUAUCAUUGGGAGGAUGGUGUCGGUCCGAAAGAGCAACGGAAGCGGAGGCCGGAGCUGGCUUGGGGAUUUGAGGAGAGCAACGAGUUUGGGACUGAUGAGUUUAUCGCGUGGUGCAGGCAAGCGAGAUGCGAGCCGUACAUCUGCCUCAACAUGGGGACUGGGACCCUUGCCGAGGCGUUACACUGGGUCGAGUACUGUAAUGGUACCGGAGACACCUACUACGCCAACUUGCGGAGGAGAAAUGCAGGCCGCGACGAACCUCACAACGUCAAGUACUGGGGACUGGGCAACGAAGUGUGGGGACCCUGGCAAGUCGGCCAGCAGACAGCCCCAGACUACGCCGAGAAGGCGCGUCGAUGGGCCCACGCGAUUAAGUUAAUAGACCCUUCGGUGAAGCUCGUCGCGUGCGGGGAGACUGGCCUUGAUCAGUGGGACUCCACGGUGCUCGAUGUGCUGGUGGACAAGGUCGACUUGCAUAGCAUCCAUUUAUACACCGGGUUCGGACCCCGCGAUCGGUCACAACAAGAGAAAGAGUAUGGGCGGUCUGUGUAUGGACCCGAUGCGGCCGAAUAUUCCCUCGAAAUCGCCCGUGGACUGAUCAAUAAAGCGAGAGUAGCCAAGCAAAUCCAAAAGCCCAUCAAAAUCGCGUUUGACGAAUGGGGCGUCUGGGACGAGACGGUGGGCACCGCCGAGAACGGGCUUGAGCAGUUCUACAACUUCGCAGACGCCCUCGCCAUGGCGAGCUGGCUGAACGUAUUCGUCCGACAAUCCGACCUGGUCGACAUCGCCUGCCUCGCCCAGAGUGUGAACGUAAUUUCCCCUCUAAUAACGAGCCCGACCGGGGUCCUAAAGCAGACGCUAUACUACCCCCUCUACCUCUUCUCGAACUACAUGCGGGGUGGUACCGCGGUGAAAGUGCAGAUUGACUCACCGGUGUUCACGGGCGAGACCUUGCCAGCGUGGAUAUCGUCCAUCAAGGGCCCUCCGAGACACCUUGACGUGUCGGCGGUCUUGCACGGGGGCACGUCACUCCGAAUCGCGGAGGUGGAGGUGCACGAGCUGUGGCAUCCGGACGUGAAGGUGAGGAAUGGCUGGGGCAAGGAUGAAGUCACGGUUAGAUCGAGCAAGAGCAGCUGGAAGUCGGAGUGGACAUUCAAGGAACAUUCGUUUACAUUGCUUGUAUUGGACAUUUGA